CAUCAUUUAGAUAGCAUUGGCUCGCCGCAGAGACGUCGCCGGCUCGCCACCAUGAGCUACAGAGGUGGCGGGAGCAGCGAAGGGGCCGAGCGCUGUCGUAUGUCGUGCGGCGGCCACACCGCAGGUAGCCACUCACGGCAACUACGCGCACGCACGCACCAGCCGCCGUCGCGCCGCGAGCUUCGCCUGGCUGUGCACUGCCGCAACCACACGUGAGUUCUUCCGACACGCACCGCCCACAGUCGACCUGCGAGCCACACAUGCACCGCCGCGAAGCGCUGCUUGAUCCCCUCCAUGGACUCGUGCUCGCCAUCGUAGUCCGUCGCCCUGGCCACGGAGAGGGCCAAGAUCCAUGGAGCUGCUCGUGGGGUGAGCAUAUCGUCCUCGUGCUCCUCAAUUCUGCUGGGGUAUCGUUUGGGCUGGGUGGCAGAGAUGGCGAAUUCCUCCUCGGGUGUCUCAGGGUGGUACACCUCCUAUAUUUUGAGAAAUAAAACUUAUGGUUAUAUGAUAUCAUCUAAGGUGAAACGUUGAAAGGGCUCUUGGAUUGUAUGCCUCGCUCAGGUUGGUGCGGUCUUAUAUUUCAAGAAAUAAAAUCUUGUGGUUAUAUGCUAUCAGUUAAUGUGAACCCGUGAAAGGCCGCUUGAAUUGUAUGCCUCGCUCAGGAAAACUCCUUAUAGAAUGGACCGCCCCGCAAUUUACGCUCCCCCUUUCGAGGCGAUCGCGAGGCGAUCGGGGGUAGAUCCCGAGAAUGCCGCGCCGGCGGUGAGAGUUCACCCUUCCCGGAGGAAGGGCGAGGAUAUCUGUAGGAAGGAAGAGAUAUGCCCCGAUUGGGAUUCAUUAGGAUUGAGAAAGGAUUGGAUGCAGGUAAGGAAUGCGAUCAAGAAGAUGGAGAUGAGGAAAAUCCAAAGGAAGGAAACUAAGAAUCGGGGCGGGGAAAAUCGGGGCCAACCGGAGGUGGGGGGUAUGGAUCGAAUCAAAGACAAGAUUCAGAGCUUGAGAAGGGAUCUGGGGCGCUCGUGGAUUGGGAGAAAGGAUAGGCUGGAACUAUUACCGCCGGGAGAUCCGCCGGACAGAGGAAGAGAAAAGGAUUUGGAGAUGAUUACCAUCCCUGAUACAGCGAUAUCACGAGAUCACAUACCAAUUGCAGGGCCAGAGCAAGUCGCCAGGACCGGAUCUGCACCGAUGGGGUAUAAAACCCAGGAUCAAGGGCAUGUAGCAUGUACUAUUCCUCGACCUCCACCUGCGAUUGCCACCGGCUUGUCCAUGGAGAGCCUCAUGAGCAAGGGCAAGGGCGCCAUGAGUGAAAGUGAGGUGCCACCCAAGCGGUCGGAGGGAGGAAGAUCGGAAAGGGUCGUGCUGCACGGUGGCUCAUCCCAUGGCCAUGGGGGUGCGAUCGACGCCCUGUCUGUCCCAGAGGAGGCCAUGAUCCCGACGCCCAGAGUGGGGGCCGUCGGGGAUGCUGCUGAUCCCAAGCUUCCUGCCAUCAUCUGCGGGCAGAUCAAGGAGGCUGUGGAACUAGACCUGUCUGCGGAGAAGGCGGCAAUGCGCACCCGCUGGAUCGCAGUGGGCCUCUUCUUGUCGCCACAAGCCUUCGGCACUGAAGGUUUGUUCCGAGAGAUGAAGAGCAAGUGGGGCUUGAGGGGACGGCUAACCUACUCCCCACUCAAGAACAACCGCUACCUGAUGGAGUUUGAGCGGGAAGGAGAUCGCCGGCACAUCCUCAACAACGGCCCCUGGACUCACAAGGGAGAUGCUUUCCUGAUGGUGGCAGUGGAUGGUAGCCAGAGACCGGCUGAUGUUGAAGUCGCUCACAUGCCAAUAUGGGUACGUGUUCACGACACUCCUCCCAUCAUGAUGUCAGAAAGAGUUGCAUGGAAGGUGGGUGCAGAGCUAGGAGAGGUCCUGGCUGUGGACUGUGACAAGGAAGGUAAAAUUUGGGGGGACUACAUUAGAAUCCGUAUCAAGCACGAUGUAGAUGUGCCUCUCUGUAGUGAUGUAACUUUCCAUGAGAAGUCAGAGAACGAUUUCUAUUGCUUAGAGGUUAAGUAUGAGAGAGUGCCUCGAUUCUGUGGGUACUGUGGUCUCAUAGGGCAUGGACAACACAACUGUAAGCUGCCUGUUGACCUCUAAAAGAUGAGGUUUACAGCAGCAAUGCGUGCCUCCCCUGCUAAGCAUAGCUCUAGUAGAAGGGGAUAUGUGGAUCCAAAUGUCAGCAGAACUCGCAGGUUCCUCCAAUUUGGGCAGGAGGUGUUCGGCAAGGAGGUGCAUGUCUACCCAAAGCAGGCCAAAGCAAGGCUCAUGGCGGUCCCUGAAGAAAUCAUGGCAAACCCAAUGGUGCAAGAGGCAAUAGCGGCGGUGAGUGCUCUGAAGGUUACUGAGGAAGGAGACAACGAUCAGCAGGGUAGGAAGGGGAACACAGCAGAGAAGCCAAUCCAGGAGACCGUCCCAGCUGAAUUAGCGGCACCAAACAAGCAGAUGCAGGUGGAUGGGAAGGAGGUGGAAGAGACAGCAGUGAAAACAGGACCUGGGAAGACGAUGGUGAACUCUGGACAGUUCACCGCAGCAAAAGCUAAGGAUGACAAUGGCAGUGAACCACUCUUCCCUCCAGGCUUUGGCCCAUUACCUUAGUACUUCAUUAAGGGUGCUGGUGAUGCUGGUCUCCACGUGGUGACGGGGCUGCAUGGGCUAGAAGGUGAAGAGAAGAGAGAUGUGACUGCUACUGAUAAGGCAGGGCAGGAGAUGAUCCCAGCUGGGGUGAAGGGCCGCAGGAAGUAUGUGUUUCCUUCUGCCUCGAUGCUGGGUAAGAGAGGGGAACAAAAUGAAGAGAAUUUCAGCAAGAUCAAGGGGGCGACUAAGGACAAUGAGGUGGAUCAGAACAAAAAGAAGAAAGGGACAGAGGCAGACGCUGAAGCAAGCAGCAAGGGCAAGGAGGAAGACAAGGAAGCAGUCGGAACUGGGGCUCCCGGCGACCUGGUGGGUGCUAAAGAUGGCGCACACCAGGAGCCAUGACAGUCCUGAGCUGGAACUGCCGGGGGAUUGGCCAACCCCGGACAGUUCGUGAGCUAGUUGGGCUAGUGCAUUCGCUCAAACCCAAACUAGUCUUCCUCUCUGAAACACGGCAAAAGGAUGACUACGUCAAUAAAUUAAGAUGGAGGCUAGGCCUCAAGCACUAUAUCAAGCAUGCCGGUACUGGAAAGAGUGCUGGUAUUGCCCUCUUCUAUGAUGAAAAUGUAGAAAUAAAAGAACUUGCCGUUGGCCCGAGGUAUAUUGAUGUGUUGAUCCGUGUGUCUCCUAACAGCCCCCGAUGGAGGGGAACUUUUGUCUAUGGAGAGCCGAAAGCUCAUGAGAGAAUCCACAUGCGGAAUGUACUGAGAAGAUUGAGACCAAAUGCCUCUGAACUGUGGCUUGUGAUCGGGGACUUUAAUGAGACUAUGUGGCAGAGUGAACACUUCUCUAAGGCAAAGAGAUCUGAAACUAACAUGGCAAACUUCAGAAGGGUUCUAUCGGAUUGUAAUCUUCAUGAUAUUGGCUACAAAGGUAUGGCAUGGACGUACGACAACAAACAGAGCGGGUCCGAUAAUGUGAAAGCCCGCCUAGACAGGGCAGUGGCCACACCAGAAUGGAGCACGGCCUUCAGGAAUGCAACAGUGGAGCACAUCAUCUCUGCAAGAUCAGACCAUGUCCCUGUUUUACUACGACUUGGAAAAAGGAAGGAGUGGCCGGUAAAAAGAAGUUUUAGAUAUGAAGCAAUGUGGGAAAGAGUGGAGUCACUCCCUGACACAAUCCGUAAUGCAUGGGAGAGGGGAGGACAAGGCAGAUCGAUGGAAGAUGUCGUAGCAAAGCUGAGAGACAUGUAGAAUACCUUGAGCUCGUGGGCACUGAAAGAUUUUUGCUCACUACAGAACAAGAUCAGUUCGUGUAGAGGCAGACUAAAGUGGCUGUGGAACCAAACUGUUACACCUAAAAUUGAAUGUAAGAUCAAGAUCACAACCGGAGAGCUGGAUGAACUACUACUCAGAGAGGAAAUCAUGUGGAAGCAACGGUCUAGAAUUGCCUGGCUGAGAGAAGGGGACAAGAACACCGAAUUCUUCCACCGCAAGGCUACCUGGAGGAGGAAAAAAAAUAAAAUCCAUAAGCUACAAGGUACGGAUGGUUCUUGGAUAGAGA